AUGGCGCCCUCAAAGGAAGUCGUCGCUACUGGCUCUACAGCUGUCGCCUCAAUUAACCCUGACCAGACCCUCAAGGCGUCCAAGGCUCUUUUGGCACACAUCAAAAAGGCUUCCAAGCAAAAGUCCGACGAGUCUGGCAAGCGCAACCUCCUCGACGAUGAAGAUUCCGAAAACAUUCCCAUCUGGCUCAACUUGACCACCAAGCGCCACAUCGUCGACAAGGCCCGUCUUCAGCCCGGCAAGAUCGCCCUUCCUCACUCCCUCAACAACGGCGAGACAACCACCAUCUGCAUCAUCACCGCCGAGCCUCAGCGCGCCUACAAGAACAUUGUCGCUUCCGAAGAAUUCCCCGAGGAGCUUCGUAAGCGCAUCACUCGUGUCGUCGACUUUGGCAAGCUCAAGGCCAAGUACAGCCAGUACGAGGCUCAACGAAAGCUCUUUAACGAGGCCGAUAUCUUCCUUGGUGACGACCGCAUCAUUAACCGGUUACCCAAGGUUCUGGGUAAGACCUUUUACAAGACAACGCAGAAGCGACCGGUUCCUGUCAACCUACAGGCCAAGGUUACCAAGGUCGACGGAAAGCGACAGAAGCGUGUCAAGACUGAGGAUACCGUCAAUGCUGGUACACCUGCUGAGAUUGCCAAGGAAGUUCAAAAGGCUGUCAACUCUGCUUUCGUCAGCCUUACCCCAUCAACAAACACUUCCAUCAAGGUUGGAUACUCUGGUUGGACCGCUCAACAAAUCGCCGACAAUGUCGAUGCUGUUGUUACCGGUAUGAUCGAGAAGUGGAUUCCCCAAAAGUGGCGCAACAUGAAGAGCAUCUACAUCAAGGGUCCCGAGACUACUGCUCUCCCUAUCUGGUUGACUGAUGAGCUCUGGCUUGAUGAGAAGGAUGUCAUUGCUGAGGAAGAGGCCAAGGCUAAGAGCGAAAAGGCCAACAUUGGCAAGAAGCGCAAGUCGCUCGAGAAUGCUGAGGAGGUCGAGGCUGCUCCAAAGAAGGCGAAGAAGGAAGUUCCUGAAGCCGACGACAACAAGCUUGAUAAGCAAAUCUCUGACCGCAAGACCCGUUUGAGAAAGCAAAAGGCUUCGGCCAAGAAGGCUAUUGACAACUAA